AUGACGACUUCUACGGAACCACCCUACUAUCUCUUGGUGUCUCAUUCGUCUUUUCAGCACAACCCAGGUCUUACUUCUAACUCCCUCGCCCAUGCAAGCAUAGAAUAUCGCUACGAGGACGACUCGCCUCUGAUGCUCUUGUCGCGUCAUCCUGACGAGCAUGUCCUUGUGUUAAAUCAUGAUCCAGCAAAGGGAGGCAUACCAACGGUCCAGAGCACAUCCAGUCAUAUGGCUGUAACAGGCAUCAAGGUAUCUGUAGCACCUGGCGCUAGCGCCAACGAGGACCACAGCACGAACGAUAAUAUGUAUGUUCUAGAAGUGACAUCCACUUCUGACGACCAGUAA